UCACCAUUCUUCAUCUCAUUUUCACUCACCACAACUCAGUAAGUAGUGAAGCCUAGGAAACAAUCCAAUUUUAACGAUGAGUCCCUCCACUUGGACCCUCGAGAUCGAGUCCCCGGCCCCCGCCGCAAGGCUAUUCAAGGCGGUCCUCGACUGGCACAACCUUGCUCCUAAGCUCCUGCCCAACAUCGUCGCAAGCGCCGUCGGUGUCCAAGGUGAUGGCAGCGUCGGAAGUGUCAGGCAGCUCAACUUCGCCUCAGCAAUGCCAUUUGGGUAUGUGAAGGAGCGCCUGGACUUUGUGGACUUUGACAAGUUUGAGUGCAAGCAAAGCCUGGUCGAAGGCGGUGAUCUCGGGAAGAAGAUCGAGUCAGCCUCGACCCAGUUCAAGUUCGAGCAAACCAGCAAGGGAGGGUGUGUGUGCAAGGUGGUCACAACCUAUAAGCCAUUGCCAGGAGUUGAGAACAAGGAUGAGGUAGCCAAGGGAAAAGAAGCAGUGACCGGGAUCAUCAAGGCAGCAGAGGCCUACCUCCUGGCCAACCCUGGUGCCUAUGCCUGAAGUGGUUCGGGUUUGAGCUCGUACACUUGGUGGUGUGAUAGAACUAUAAUAAGCAAGAGAUUGCUUUUGGAGUGAGCGUUUGUGAGGUUGUUCUGAUUGUUUCCAUGCUUUCGUUUCCUACGGAGUGCCUCUCUAUGGUUUUACUGAAAUAAAUAAGCCCACUGGUUUACUGUGUGUAUGCCAGAUUUGUGAAUCUUUUCACAAUGCCAUCGGUUUUACAUAAAAGUAAUUGGAAAAAAUUAUAUUUGAAAGCAGAAAAAAGGAGAAAAAA